AAUAUGUGCAAAUAUGUGUGAAUGUGUAUAUUGGGUGAAAAUCUUACGGAAAAGUAUUUUGUUCUAGUUUAUUCCGCAAAAAAUGUUUUACAUUUUCCUAAUUUAUCAUAAACUUGUAAUUUACCUAUCAAACAUUGAAUUAUAACAGUUCAACAUCUAAUAAUAAUAAUUUACUUACUAGUGUAUAAAACCUGUUAAUGUUAAGGUUUUUGAAGACGUAGCUUAGGAGAGAAAAUUUUACUGGAUAAAAUUACUCAUUUCUCUGCAACAAAAAUAAAUUAAAUAAAUAUGGAUGAAACCAUGUCUGAUGAAGAUGUUGAAAAAACUCAAGAAACAGCCAAUCAUGUGAAUCAUAUUGAAAAUGCAAAACGUUUAAAGACUGAUAAUUGUAAUUUUAAUGAAAAUUCAACCGAUUCUGCCUGCACUAGUAAGGACACCACCUCCCAAAAUAAUACUGAAGAAGAUACAAAUGCAAAUGCUGCAGAAGAACAAGAAACACCUAGUAAUAAUACAAGUCCUAUCAUUAGUGGUUUUCCCAGAAGAUUCAAUUCAUCAACUAGAAAUUACAGACGAAUUAUUGUAGAUGAUGAAUCAACUCGCUCAAGUGAAAAUGGCAGUGGAGAUGAACUUAGAUCUUUGCCUUCUAUACAUCAAUUCAACAGUCAAAGAACUGAUUCUGAACGAGAUGGUGCAUCAAACAUCUCUGACUUAGACAGCUUAUCAACUGUGAUAGAAGAUACUGAUUCUGAUGAGUCAGAUGGCGAAGAACCGGCUGUGCUAAAGAAAGAAAAGCCAAAACACAACUGGUUUAUCAUCCCUGAGAUUAUAAAUCGUCAAAUGGGGAGUACCAUUCGCAAACAAAACCCUGUUUUGUUUCAACAAAGGAGCUAUGGUUCCUUACAUUGCGUUCAACGUCUGAAAUUAAUGAAAAAGUUAGAGCAACAUGAAGGCUGUGUUAACAGCUUAAAUUUCCAUCCCAAUGGUGACUUAUUAGCCAGUGGAUCAGAUGACUUAAAAUGUGUCAUCUGGGACUGGAAAAGGGGGGUUCCACUGCUCUCAUUUGAUACAAAACACAGGGGAAAUGUGUUUCAAAGCAAGUUUCUACCUUUGAGUGGGGACUUGCAUCUCGUUACCAGUGCAAGAGAUGGUCAGGUUCGUUUGGCACAAGUUUCCACUCAAGAUGGUUUGCGUAGUAGCCGGAAGUUGGGUUCACAUAGAGGUCCUUGCCACAAACUAGCCAUCCUACCAGACCAACCUCAUAUUGUGCUAAGUUGUGGUGAAGAUGGUCUUGUCUUAAGCCACGACGUACGAAAUUCGAAACCCGAAAGAGUUGUGAGUGUAAAAAGCGAUGUACGCGAAGUGGCAUUGUACAGUGUCAAUUCUCACCCCUUGAAAAGUCAUGAGUUUUGUGUGGGAGGACGAGACCACAUAGUACGAACUUACGACCAAAGAAAAUGUAGCGAAAAUUGCCCACCACUUAAUACGUAUUAUGCUAAGAAGGUUGAAAAAUCGGAUUCAUACUUAAGCGUGCACGUGACAUGUGCAAUAUACAACUACAAUGGCUCAGAAAUUUUGGCCUCGUAUAACGACGAUGAUAUCUAUAUCUUUGACACGAAUGGUGAACCGGGUACUUUUGCACACCAGUACCAGGGUCAUCGUAAUGGCGCCACAAUAAAGGGAGUUAAUUAUUUCGGCCCAAAGUCGGAAUUUAUUUUGAGUGGUUCCGAUUGUGGUAACGUUUUCUUCUGGGAAAAGAACACUGAAGCGAUCGUCAAUUUCAUGUUGGCCGAUGAUAAUGGUGUUGUAAAUGUGUUAGAACCUCAUCCAAGUUUACCUUUUCUAUGUACGAGUGGUUUAGAUUGGGACGUAAAAUUGUGGGUGCCAUCUAGAGAUGACGACCCGCCCAUGACGGGAAUCGCAGACGCCAUAAAAUCCAACAGCAAAGCCCGUGCAAGUUGGUCAUCUUCCACCGACAUAAACGAAAGUCAAAUGUUAUGGAUGCUCUGGCGUCAUCUUAGAAAUUCAAACAGACAGAGAGCAGCUGCUUCUGGGGCAGAGGACUUUAUACAAUUCGUUAAUAAUUCUUCCAACAGUGUUAAUAAUUCUUCAAGCAGUUCUCCGAGUUCGUCACGUUCUGGUUCUGGAGAUAGCAGUAUUGACUCGGACCCGGACAGCCCCCCUGGCUGUACUACAUCAUAAACAACGAAUAAGAUAGAGUGUGAUCUUGUAAGGUUUGUAUUUGUUUUGGGUUUUCUUUAUCUGAGGUUUUGUAAACAAAAAAAAAAUUCGUCCUUUCGCUAAUAAAAAGCGAUUCCGAAGUCACGGUAGUCAGCAAAAAUUAUUCUGAAAUUUCCCUCUUUUAACAAUUAGUUUACUAGCCACACACACGCAAAACAGAGAAUAAAAAAUGGAACAUUAAUAUUCUCGUUCAUAUAUCGUAGUUAUAUACAUCACAGUUACUAGUUUAUCUGUUGUAUAUUUAUUGUUUGUAAUAUAAAGAAUUAAUAAAAAGGA